AUGGGUCCCGAAACCAGCCAGACGGCCGGCAAAGCGAAGAAGAAAAGUGGCAUAGCCCGCUGGCUAUCAGAGCUCAGAUCAUGGGUUGCGGUGAGCGAGCCAUCGGGGCAAGCAUUUGAGCAGCACAAAAAGGAGAUGUAUAAAAGCAAAGGGGUCUCCCUCAAGGACCCACAGGCGAGCGCGAAGCUGCAUGUCCCUGCAACAACAAUACCCAAGGAGGCAAUAAGACCAGCUGGGCCUGGCCCGGAUCCUGAGGAGCUUGCGGCGGCAAGGAGGAGAAGCCGGACACGGCAUGCCAACUCAUCUGCUUCUCGCAGCACGCAGUCCUACUCGACGACCUCAUCAGAACCGGGUUGGAAGCCAGAACCAGGACUGCGGUCGCCUCGCUCUCCUGGAUGA